UCGGAUCACUCAGCCAAAUGGCUCGGCAGCUCACUGUCGUUCGACGGUCGCUGCGGCGCGACGUUCUCCUACGUAAGGCUUGGCCAUCAGUUGGUCAGACGUGCCGCUUAUUCUCCAGCGUAUCCUCUCUCAAUGCAUCCACAUCUGACGUCUCAUCUCUCCCUGGAAGUCCCAACAUCGUGCACCACAGCUUGGUUACCACUGUGCCCAACCUCCAGGCCUUACAGCGCAUGCGAUGGCUUCUACAGCAGCCACAGCGUCGCGUCCUGUUGCUCACUGGAAGCUCAUCCGACUCACCUGUACGCGUGGCACUUGAGCAAGAUUCUCCCGCGUUUGAGCUGGAGCGCCGUGGCCACGGAGUCUUUGGUGUACGCGAAUUCAGCCAGCUGCUGCUGCGCGAGAGCGGUCGCGAACGCCGCAUCUUCGACCACGCUCAACUAGCAGCACUGUUGCUGCACAACGGAAUGGAGCUACCGGGUGCGUCAAGACUCGCGGCCUCGUCGACACUGCAGAGACGCAAAGGAGUACUUGACUUGCUGCAGCUCUUUCGGUUGCUGGAACGGGAGGGAGUCACGCCCGAACAAUACGCGACCGUGGCUAUUGCAUCUGGAGAGCAGGCACCUCAGGAACUGGCAGAGACGUACAGGAAAUACCAGGAGCUAUUGAUGCAGCACAAUGCCACCUCUUGGGACGGUCUGGUGAUGGAUGCGCUGGAACUGUGUGGAGUGCAGAAGGGAAGCGUAGUAGAGCAGGAAGCUACAACCAAUGAUUUUAGCCGGGAGGUACUAAAGGAGUAUACGGACGUGGUGGUGGACGAUGUUCAGAGGAUGACGCCGGCGAUGGCGACGCUUGUUGGGCAUUUGUGUGGUCAACCUAGUGUGCAGUCCAGUGCCAGCUUCAGUCGCGUACUGCUUGACGGAGACGAGUGUCCACAGACGCGAAUUUUAGAGCAGCAAAUACUGAAGACAGCAUCGUGUACAGGUCGUGAACGAAGUGUGGCCCGUCUUGCCUUGGAGACAGAUGAAAUGGCCGAUAAAAGAGCAAAGAUGAAAGCUUUUGCGAAACAGAUCUUGACGCAGGAAGCAGAUAUCUCUACACCGGCUCCGAUUCCUUUAAAGUGCUGGAAUUUCGGUACCUCUGAAGCGGAGGAAAGGAGUGUUGGUGCUUUUCUAGCUCAAAAGCUGCAGUCUGAUAAAACUACCCAGGCCACUGUGUUGUGCCCCACACACGCCGACGCGAAUCGAAUCACGCUGGCAUUCAAGAAGCAGGGGCUUCCAGUGCAGAUGAUUGGCGAUCAAUUUGCGGCUGCAACUAGCUCCACUGGUGCACCUGUCCAUUUAUUCGACGAGCCUGGAGUGAACGCAGUGUACUCGCUAUUAUGCGCAUUGUGCUUUCCAAGUGACUCACGUCAUCUCUAUAAUGUUUUACGUUCAGAUUAUUUCGCUUUCCCGGCUGAGUUGCUGUCCUGGCUGAUGGAAAAGGAGCACCGGAGUCACGUGGAUCUGUUUCCAGUUCUCGAAGCUUUUGUUCAAAGUCAGGGCAAGUCGCUUGGAACUUCUCUCAGUUACAGAGAAGGCGAGGAGCUAGAGCUGCCGAAACCGGUGUCUUCACAGCUCGAAAAAGGCUUGGAGAUAGCCGAAUCGUUCGUAAAUAUCAUCAAGCGACUACGUGCUGAGUGUCACCAACUAUCUGCAGCUGAAAUUGUGCAGAGUUUUCUGGAGGACACUGGUCGACUGGAUGCACUACUGAAACCCAGCUCCCCUGAACAGGAGCGUGAGUCCUUGGCACUGGCAGAUUUCUUGCGAGAACUCGAGACUGCACAAAAUGUCGUAAAGAGCGAUCAAGUGACGUUUGUUGCGCCAUACUUACAGCAGCUAAGGGAGACCAACUUGACCUCGUCUGCAUUCGUGUACUUCCGCUUACAAGUUACGCACUCGAGUCACUUGCAGCUUCUAUGA